CACUUUCUCAGUCCUCCACUGUUUUGAGCCAGUGAUCUUCUCUCCUUGGAUCUUGUAUACUCAAGAAAGAGAAGAAAACAGAUUGUCAGAACCCAUUUGAUACUCGGUGCUGUUAUGAUCUCUUCAUUACUGGAUGUUGAGUCUGGAUAUCAGGGCUGGUACAGUGAACUACUCUCCUAUUAAGCUGAGGUGAUGGGCAGCACUACAUGCACAGCAAGCAAAGUGAAAAGACUGGCAACUCAGGAGCCACUUGUGAAUCAUCAGAACUUUUCCCUGGAUAAACUCAGUAGUAAUCCUGGGACCAACAUAAAAUCAACAAAGUAACAACGGGCCUAACAUAAUCAGGAAAUCUAGGUCUCUUAAAGUGAAAAGCAACCAACUUGUCCUGCCCUUUCCUGAAAUCUAAAUGUGAUGGCCUUGCUGCUCUUCCCUGUGCAGCUGCUGGCAGUGGCUGCCACCAUUUACCUAGAGCUGGUGAGGUCUGCGCAAGGUGGCGCCUACUAUGGCAUCAAGCAGCUGCCACCCCAGGUGCCCCAGUACCAACCCCUCGGACAACAAGUACCUCACAUGCCACUGGGCAAAGAAGGCAUCCCGAUGCAGCACAUGGGCAAGGAGAUGCCCCACAUCCAGUAUGGAAAAGAGUACCCCCACCUGCCCCAGUACAUGAAGGAGGUCCCGCAGAUGCCUCUGCUUGGCAAGGACAUGGCUCCCAAGAAGGAGAAAGAAAUGCCCGUGCGCAGCCUGAGGGGUGAGCAAGGUCCCCCUGGUGAGCCCGGACCAAGAGGGCCGCCUGGGCCACCAGGAUUACCGGGUCACGGUGUGCCAGGAGCCAAAGGAAAACCAGGCCCGCAAGGAUAUCCAGGAAUUGGGAAGCCAGGUUUGCCGGGGAUGCCGGGGAAACCGGGGGUCAUGGGGCCCCCGGGGCCAAGAGGGGAGAUGGGGCCAAAGGGGGAGAUUGGGCCCAUGGGGAUACCUGGGCCACAAGGACCGCCAGGGCCUCACGGGCUUCCCGGCAUAGGGAAGGCAGGUGCUCCAGGGCUGCAGGGACAGCCGGGGCCAAAAGGUGAGCCCGGGAUGAAGGGGCCUCCAGGAGCUCCCGGGAUCCCAGGGCCAAAAGGGGAGAAGGGUGUGGGGAUCCCAGGAUUGCCGGGGCUGAAGGGCCCGCCCGGGCUGCCGGGCCCCCCCGGCCCCGUGGGGCUGCCGGGGGUCGGCAAGCCGGGCAUGGUGGGCUUCCCUGGCCCGCAGGGACCCCUGGGCAAACCCGGACCCCCAGGGGAGCUGGGGCUGCAGGGGCCCCCGGGCGCCCCCGGGAUUCAAGGCCCUCCCGGCCUGCCUGGUGUUGGCAAACCCGGCCAGGACGGCAUCCCCGGCCAGCCCGGCUUCCCGGGCGGCAAAGGGGAGCAGGGCCUGCCAGGCCUGCCGGGGCCCCCCGGCCUCCCUGGGGUUGGGAAGCCAGGCUUCCCCGGGCCCAAAGGCGAGCGCGGGGUGGCGGGCCUGCCCGGGCCCCUGGGGCCAAAGGGGGAGAAGGGGCACGCGGGGCCGCCUGGUAUGGGGGGGCCGCCAGGGGAGCCGGGCCAGCCGGGGCUGCCGGGCAUCAUGGGCCCGCCGGGAGCCGCCGGCUUCCCGGGACCCAAAGGAGAAGGCGGCGCCGUGGGGCCGCCAGGACCGGUUGGUCCCAAGGGUGAACCCGGCCUGCAGGGGUUCCCGGGAAAGCCAGGCUUUCCUGGGGAAGUGGGGGCCCCCGGGCUGCGGGGGCUGCCAGGCCCCACAGGGCCCAAGGGGGAAGCCGGACACAAAGGCUUGCCGGGGCUUCCGGGUGUCCCAGGGCUUGUGGGACCAAAGGGCGAGCCAGGGCUCCCCGGUGCCCAGGGGCUUCAGGGCCCCUCGGGCAUCCCAGGCAUUGCAGGACCCAGCGGUCCUAUCGGCCCCCCAGGGCUGCCGGGGGCUAAGGGGGAGCCCGGCAUGCCCGGACCCCCCGGCUUCCCUGGCGUCGGCAAACCCGGUGUGGCGGGGCUGCAGGGACCCCCAGGGAAGCCCGGGGCACUCGGUCCCCCUGGCCAGCCCGGACUCCAGGGGCCACCCGGCCCCCCCGGGCCCCCAGGUCCCCCGGUCAUCAUCCCUCCCACUCCACCGGCCGUGGGACAGUACCUGCCCGAGGUGGGGCCGGGGAUAGAGGGAGUCAAGCCCCCCUACGGCUACAAGGGCAAGAAAGGCAAGGCUGCCGGCGCCGUCUACGAGAUGCCAGCAUUCACGGCAGAGCUCCUCACCCCCUUCCCCCGGGUCGGGGUGCCCGUGAAGUUUGACAAGCUCCUCUACAACGGCCGCCAGAACUACAACCCCCAGACGGGGAUCUUCACCUGCGAGAUCCCCGGCAUCUACUACUUCGCUUACCACGUCCACUGUAAAGGGGCCAGCGUCUGGGUGGCGCUGUUCAAGAACAACGAACCACUGAUGUACACCUACGAUGAGUACAAGAAAGGCUUCCUGGACCAGGCUUCGGGCAGCGCCGUUGUCCAGCUGAUGCACGGAGACAAGGUUUACGUUCAAAUGCCAUCCGAGCAGGCGGCAGGACUCUAUGCCGGGCAGUACGUUCAUUCGUCUUUUUCAGGAUAUUUAUUGUAUCCCAUGUAAAACAAAAACCAGACACACACACACACACACACACACACAGAGUCAAAACCUUUCUCCUCUGCUUCAAACUUUUAUACCAUGAAAGAUGCAUUUUAUGACUGUUUUGGACCAUCUUGUACAAAAAAAAAGAUAAAUAAAUACAAAGUUUAACAUUA